AUGGGGAGUGGAACUUGCAGUUCCAAACAAGGCUGCUUGUUCUCAUGCAAGAAAGGAGACGUUACGUGGUUGUGUCAUGAACGCAUAGAAUGUGCGUACCUGACGUAUAAAGAUGGCAAGCUUUAUGUGUACACGUUCGAUAGGUGCAUCGAGAUUCUUGAUUUGUCUGGAGAUUUGCUCGUCCAAGGAAACCCGUAUCAUAACCAUCCGUUUCACAUCGAUGAUUCGCAUCCUAAGAGUGUAGUGAUAACGAGCUCAGGGGAGCUUUUGAUCGUUGUGACCUUCAAAGGAGUAAACAAUAGGUAUGUAAAUGAGGUAUUGAACCGUUCUUUUAACGUCUACAAGAUGAAUUUAGAUAAUGGUAACUGGGAGAGAGUCUAUUCUCUUGGAGGUGAGAUGUUGAUAUUUGGUCAUGGAGUCACAAUAAAAGCACCAAUCAAAGGUAUUAAUGGUUGGGGAAUCAAGGGUGAUACAAUCUGUUUCGGUGGUGAUGAAGAAGAUAUUUUCCCAAGUAGUGAUCGUCGUAACAGAACAACUAACUGUGGUGUGUUUGAUCUUGCUACAGAUACACAAAUAUCAUUAGAUGUUCCAUUCUUUAAGAGUUUCUGGUUUGUUCCAGAAUACGAAAUCGUUGAUCACGAGACAGGUUUUUUUUUCUAG